AUGGUAAUUGGAAUUGCUAAGGCAUUCAAACAGAAAACUGCAGAAGAUGAAGAGGAUUUCGAGGAUAGUGAUUUUGAUACCGAUUGUGAUUCAGGAUCUGAGGUCGAUCUUAGUGAUAACGAUGAAGAUUUAGUUGUUGAUGGAGAAACUGAGGCAAAAGUGGCGGGGAUGACACAAUGUACGACGAUAUUUAAGUGGUGA